AUGGCGGCUGAUCUUCGAGAAAUUGUUAUUGAUUUGAGAGGAAAUACUGAAAAUACGGAAAGGGUGAAAAAGUUUUGGAAUGUAAACGAGGUGGAAAUAAAAUCUACUUUCGAGCGGGAGUGGAUAAAGGCGAUCAGGAGAGCGAGACGCCGACUGAAUCACGGCAUGGGAAACAUGAAUAGUGGACUGGAGGAAAUAUGUGGGAACAAGCUUGAGCUGACCGGCCCGUUAAUUGACAGUUACCUUUUGGAGAUCGGUAAUCAAGUAUCUGCGAAGUUAACUCGAUCAAAGGCAACAUCUCUGGCUAGCCCUGUUGUCCUUUUCGUACCUUGGCCUGUAUUUCACCACAUCACAGUGCUGUUUAGAGGAUACGGCGCAGAAGUGACCUUCGAUAAUCGAAAAUCGAUAGCCUGCGUCGCAGACGCUCUAAACCUUCUGUAUAUAGCGUCUGCGAAUUAGUGCACAAGAUCGUGUUCGAAUCCCGUAGAGUCGCAAGGACAUAUGUCGGCGUUUUUGAUUGGCUAGUUUCUUACGUAGUUUGUGAUUAGUCCGAUUUGAAUUAAGUGUUGACAGGCCAAACAUGACUCAUACCUCGUGAUAGUGUGAAACGUGACUUCAGUAGAGUAGCUUGAACAAGAGAUUUUUUUUUUUUUGCUCUCUUUUUGCGCAAUUUAUACAGUGCAUGGAGUAUUCUACAAUUUGACUGAGCAAAUUUUUUUUCUGCUUUGAGUCUCAUAUUUAGCUACAUUUAGAGGUCGUGAAGCUGGUCUGUUCCAUGCAUAUUGAGUAAUUAGUCAGAUUAGUACAUGUGGUUUAUUUUUCCGCAAAUGUUUUCUGGGAGGAUUUGAUCACAGAUGCAUAAAUGAUUUUCUUUCACCUCUGUUUAAGCUUUAAGCUUUUAGUAUUGCGGCUAAACAACCUUAGUUUCUUUGGUUUUCAAAGAAAUGCCUGGACCUGACUAGCUACAUGUGUGUAGUUUUUUUUAUUAUCGUGAAUAUCGUGAUUUCCUGAUUUGUUUUGACUCUAGAACUGUCGGCUAGAUUGCAGAAUACGCGGUAGUGCAUCUGCAGAGAUUGGAAGACGCUGGAAAACCAGCCGGCAAAUUUACCAGCAAAUUCUGGCCUUGAAGGAAUUAUCUCAAAGCAUUUUUUUGCUCAGAAGACGGCUUUAAAGUUCGAUCUGAUCUUUCAUUAUUUACUGUAAACGAUCCUUGCCAACUCCCUUCUGUGAAUUUUGACAUGUCACUGCGCCCAACCGUCACGCACACGUAAAAAUUAGGCCAAUCGUGAGGCUCGUAAGAAACCCACCUAUCAGAAACGCUCACAUAUGUCCUUGCGACUCUGCAGGAUAUUAGAACGAGCUUUUGUGCACUAAUUCGCAGACGGACUAUACAAAUGGUUUAGACGAGUGCGUGGGCCGGCUGCAACGCAGGCUAAAAAUCGAAGGUGAUCUCUACGUUCAACCUCCUUGAAACGGCGGAAAAGAUAUUUUCGCCGGCUCGUUUUGAAGGACAAGAUGUCUUAAGGAAGCGACAUUUCAGUCGCCAACCUGACAAAAACGCUAACAUGAGAUCUGUUUACAAAGGCAGAUCGGCUGUGGCUAUUUCCCAAACAACUCCUUUUUGUUUUGAUUAUAAUCUUAAAAAUCGAAAGGUCACUGUCACAUUCUACAUUCAGCGGUAUACAGCACAGGAUUUUGUGAUUGACUCUAGCCUACAAAGUCUUAUGAGUCAGUGA